AGAGAAAUAGCGGGUCCAGUGAGAGUGACGGGUCAAUAUUAGCUGUACGUAAGCCAAUCCUGUGUAGCACUUUUCAUUUGCAUGCAGUUCUCUUCCUCUCUUUAAAUUCUACAAUCGCGUGCGUGUGUUUGUAUGUUAAGCCCACAUUUUCUCUUUUCAACUACAGGAAAAUGGCCACAGUUUUAUGUGUUAUCUUAUAUGUUUUGGCACUUUCGUGUUCUGUUAUUGCACGGCCGGCCACUUUUUUGCAGUAUUUUCGAGUCGCCUGGUCGGAUUCCCACAUUAGGCAGAUGGAGGAAGGAAAAGCCAUUCAGCUUCUUCUUGAUCAAACCUCGGGAUGUGGGUUUGCUUCCAAGUAUAAGUAUCUAUUUGGACGUGUUAGCAUGAAGAUCAAGCUCAUUCAAGGUGACUCUGCAGGAACAGUCACCGCUUUUUAUAUGAAUUCAGACACUGACACAAUACGAGACGAACUAGAUUUCGAAUUCUUGGGCAAUCGGACGGGACAGCCAUACACAGUACAGACUAAUGUAUAUGCUCACGGGAAAGGUGAUAGAGAACAAAGGAUUAACCUUUGGUUUGAUCCUUCUUUAGAAUUCCACACUUAUUCCAUAAUGUGGAACCAUCGUCACGUUGUUUUCUAUGUAGAUGAAGUGCCCAUCAGGGUUUACAAGAACAAUGAAGCCAAAGGAAUUCCAUACCCAAAGUUCCAACCCAUGGGAGUAUAUUCCACUCUAUGGGAAGCUGAUGACUGGGCGACCAGGGGAGGACUCGAGAAAAUAGACUGGAGCAAAGCCCCAUUCUAUGCCUACUACAAGGAUUUUGACAUAGAGGGAUGCCCAGUGCCAGGUCCCACCAACUGUGCUUCAAACACCAAAAACUGGUGGGAGGGUGCAGCAUAUCAAGAUUUGAGCCCAGCCGAAGCCAGACGAUACCGUUGGGUGCGUUCGAACCACAUGAUCUACGAUUAUUGCGCUGACAAAUCUCGGUAUCCAGUUACCCCACCGGAAUGCAUGGCAGGAAUUUAAACCACUCCUUUUCAAACAACUACCCAGGAAACGCUUUAAACCUAUACGUACAGAUUGAUUCCUGGAUAAUUAUAUAAAGUCAAGCCAUCCGGAAGGAGUGUGGAGGGAAUUAAUUGUUUAUGUUUGUAUCGAAAGCGUGCUGUCUAAAGAGUGGGAAAAAAUCAGUCAUUUUCUGUUGGUAUCCGUAUUUGCUGCACACUGUUUGAGCCAAUAAUGUAUUCUCUGCACGGUUGUGAGAACAAUGUUACAUAAAGUUUCAGUGGAAGA